UACACCGGAGGGAAGGCAGGGAUACUCGCAAGGCGAGGAGGAGCGAAGGCGAGGGGAGGGGUCGCGGUGGGAGGAGGAGUAGGAGAAGACAAAAGCCGAAAGCGAGGAGGGUGCGGGCCAGGAGGGAAAGGUCCGUGCAGCCAGCCACCGGCUCCGGGAAACCGCAGCGCACGAAGCAUCCCGGUGGGCAGGCAGCAUGGGGAAGGGGGGGAACCAGGGCGAGGGCGCCACCGAGCGCGAGGCGCCGAUGCCCACCUUCAGCUGGGAGGAGAUUCAGAAGCACAACCUGCGCACCGACAAGUGGCUCGUCAUCGAUCGCAAGGUCUACAACGUCACCAAAUGGUCCACGCGGCACCCGGGGGGCCACCGGGUCAUCGCGCACUAUGCGGGAGAAGAUGCUACGGAUGCCUUCCGUGCCUUCCACCCUGACCUCGACUUUGUCCGAAAGUUCCUGAAGCCCCUGCUGAUUGGUGAACUGGCCCCGGAGGAGCCCAGCCUGGACCAUGGCAAGAGCGCUCAGAUCACCGAGGACUUCCGGAACCUCAAGAAGACUGCCGAGGACAUGAAUCUGUUCAAGAGCAACCACCUGUUCUUCUUCCUCCUCCUGGCCCACAUCAUCGUCAUGGAGAGCAUCGCGUGGUUCACCGUCUUUUACUUCGGCAACGGCUGGAUUCCUACGCUCAUCACGGCCUUUAUCCUUGCUACCUCUCAGGCCCAAGCUGGAUGGCUGCAACAUGAUUACGGCCAUCUUUCUGUCUACAAGAAGUCCAAAUGGAACCACAUCGUCCACAAGUUUGUCAUUGGCCACUUAAAGGGUGCCUCGGCCAGGUGGUGGAACCAUCGCCACUUCCAGCACCACGCCAAGCCCAACAUCUUCAACAAGGAUCCAGAUGUGAAGAUGCUUCACGUGUUUGUCCUCGGCGAAUGGCAGGCUCUUGAGUACGGCAAGAAGAAGCUGAAAUACCUUCCCUACAACCACCAACACAAGUACUUCUUCCUGAUCGGGCCGCCGCUGCUCAUCCCCCUGUAUUUCCAGUAUCAGAUCAUCAUGACCAUGAUCGUUCACAGGCACUGGGUGGACCUGGCCUGGGCCAUCAGCUACUACGUCCGUUUCUUCUGCACCUACGUCCCUUUCUAUGGCAUCCUGGGAUCCCUCCUUUUCCUCAACUUCAUCAGGUUCCUGGAGAGCCACUGGUUUGUGUGGGUCACACAGAUGAAUCACAUCGUCAUGGAGAUUGAGCUUGACCACUACCGCGACUGGUUUAGCAGCCAGCUGGCGGCCACCUGCAACGUGGAGCAGUCCUUCUUCAACGACUGGUUCAGCGGGCACCUCAACUUCCAGAUCGAGCACCACCUCUUCCCCACCAUGCCCCGGCACAACCUGCACAAGAUCGCGCCCCUGGUGAAGUCUCUGUGCGCCAAGCAUGGCAUCCAGUACCAGGAGAAGCCUCUGCUGCGGGCCCUGCUGGACAUCAUCAGUUCCCUGAAGAAGUCUGGGGAGCUGUGGCUGGAUGCCUACCUGCACAAGUGACGUGGCGUUCUCAGGGCCCUCGUGGGGAAGGGGCUCAGGUGGGGGUGACGGCCAGAGGGAGGGGCGGGCUUUUGUUCUGAGGGUUUUCACGAGGCUGGGGCACACACUGGUGCAUGGACCCCGAGUUUGGUUUUCUCUUUCUCUUCCUUCCCUCCACCCCAGCCCCUGUGGGGCCUGUCCUCUCAGCCCUCGCCCUCACCCCGCCACCUCCUGGCCCCUUCUUCCAAGAGCAGAGAGAGGUGGCUCCAUCCCUGCCACCAGCUGCUGCCCCUAAAGGUCUGAGGAGAUCUGGCCUGGGACUCCUGUCCUUCCACCUGACCACCAGGCCUCGGAAGCCCUGGUCCCCCGGAUGCUCUGGGGUCUGGGGCAGGGUGCAGGCCUGGCUCCGCUCUCCUGCUGGGAGGGAGGUGUGCUUUGUACUCAGGGUCUCCGUCCGGGGGCGGGGAUCUGGGCCUCCCUCCAGCCGUUCAGGGCUCCAGACCUGCAGCACGGCCAGCUCAGACUUUGAGGCCGGGAGAUGUCCGCCACCCCCACUGGUGCUCCGGGCCCCCCAGGCGUGUGCAGCUUCCAUUCCACCAUCUUCCUAACUCCGGAGUCUGUGACCUUGGGACCAGAGUGGGGUCCCUCGUGUGGGCUCAGCAGAGGCAACCGCCAGGCUGCGGGAGGGCACGCCAGCCCGGAGGUGCAGCCCCGCGCCGCCUCAUUCAGGCGUUUGUCCUCGUUGAGUGUCCUGAGAUUCCGGAGCCGUCAGCUUCUCCCCCGAAAUGGUCAGUCCCUGGCUACUUGGACGAGCGGACUUGGCCCUGCAGGAGGAGGGCACCGGCGCCUGACACCGGCCCUCCCCAGAAUGGGGGCGUCGGCAUGGACAGCACUGAGCCUCGCUCGCCUGUCUUUUACGGUUUUUAAUCUUUGCCAUUUUAACCUUUUCUACGGCAGGCGUCCCGACAGGAGGUGCGAUGGGGCUGGGUCUUAGGGCAACAUGCCUUUUAUGAGACACCCCCUGCGGGGCUCCCCAAGCCCAGGGUGUGGAGAGCUGCUGGCAGGAAGGCAGGGAAGCAAGCAGGGAGUCUCAGGAGGCCACCCUGAGGUGUCAGAGGAGUGGGGGACCCAGAGAGGGCCAAGCGGGUGCCAAGAAGAGAAGGAGGCUGGGCUGGGCUGGAGGCCGGGGCAGCUGAAGGCUUUGGGAGAGUGUGGGGAGGGAGGGGGAGACUGCGCCACAGGGAGGGACCCCGCUGCUUCCUUCUACGAUCUAACCCACUAACCAACCUGUAGAUUUAGGGACGAGGCCAGCCAGGAACAAUUCAGUGGGGUUGAGCCCCAGGUAACCAUGGCAACAUCCACCCCUCCCACCACCGAGCUGCCUGCGCCCUCCAGGGGCAGAAUGAGGCCGUAGGGAACUGAUCUUCAUUUCUAUCACGUUGCUUCCCCACCCGUACGUUUUUGGGAAAUAAAAGAAGUAAUUUUAUUCUCA